CACUGCCGGAGACUCUCCACGCACUCCCAGCACAAAUUUGACCGAGAGUGCAACUGUGUCAUAGGCAGCGAAGGACAGCCGCGCCGGCUUUUCACUUCGGUUUCCAGUUUUUAGUUUGGUGUCAACGCCAAGACCGAGGUCAUCUGUUCUUUUAAGAUCACUCCCAUUUCAUUCCUUUCUACAACACCACUGACAAUGGGGUGAUUGUGCUCCUUCUACUCAAUUUCUCCAACAACAAUAAGAAGUCAGCUAAUCCUCCUCAUGUCAGAAGAUUCAGACUCCAAGCACUAUUGCUUCUCAGUGCUGGAGGACCAAGAUGGAGCGUCAGGGUGCCAAGCGUCUACGUCGUGCGGCUCCAUACCAAGGGGGACCUCCGGCUGCAGCUCCAUGGUGCAGCUGCAGCGGAUGAGCAGCUACGGCCAAAGGGGGCCCGAACUGGGCCUGCCGUCAGAGGGCAGCGACAGUAGCGGCCAGGACCCUCCUCUCGCCGGGUCGCGCAAGCUUCGCAAGAGCUCUCGGUUCUAUUCUCUACCGGAGGAAGACGUGGAGAUUAAGAGCAGCGGGUCCAGCGGCAGCGGGACCGAGUCGCACGGCAAUGAGAGCCACGGGAACGACAGCCACGGCCAUGAGAGCAACGGCCAUGAGUCCAUGGGCAGCAGCUCCAACAGUAACAAAGAUUCUGCUUUGCUGGAGUCUUCUGGAAGCAACAAAAGCUCCAACUCCCACAGUCCAUCUCCCCCCAGUAGUUCAAAUGCCUUCAGUUUGCUCAGCUCUGAGCAGGACAACCCUUCCACCAGCGGCUGCAGUAGUCAAGAGUCGGCCAAAGCCAAGACUCAGAAGGAAGUGCUGAAGACCCUGAAAGAGCUGAAGCUGUACCUGCCUGCCGAGAAAAGGCAUGGCAGCAAGUCCACCACGUUGAACACGCUCAAAUACGCCCUGCGCUGCGUCAAGCAGGUGGAAGCCAAUGAGGAGUAUUACCAGCUGCUGAUGACCAAUGACAGUCAACCUUCCGGCCUAGAUGCAUCGUCGUAUACCAUCGAGGAGAUAGACAGCAUAACAUCUGAAUACACCCUCAAAAAUAAUGACAUUUUCGCAGUGGCUGUGUCUCUCAUUACGGGAAAGAUUGUGUACAUCUCGGAUCAGGCCGCAUCCAUCCUCAACUGCAAAAGAGACGUGUUCAACAACAGCAAGUUUGUGGAGUUCCUCAUCCCGCAGGACGUCAGCGUGUUCUACAGCUUCACCACGCCGUACCGCUUGCCCUCAUGGAGCAUGUGCACCGGAGCUGACUCGUCGCCGUCUGACUGCAUGCAGGAGAAGUCCUUCUUCUGCCGUAUCAGCGGAGGUAAGGAGUGCAAGGGCGACCUGCAGUACUAUCCCUUCCGAAUGACUCCGUACCUGAUGAAGGUCCAAGUCGCAGCACACGCCGAGGACCAGUUCUGCUGCCUGCUCCUGGCCGAGAGGGUUCACUCCGGUUACGACGCACCCCGGAUUCCAACAGACAAGCGCGUGUUCACGACGACACAUUCUCCAAGUUGCGUGUUCCAGGAUGUUGAUGAGCGAGCAGUUCCUCUCCUGGGUUACCUCCCCCAGGACCUGAUUGGGGCACCGGUCCUCCUCCACUUGCAUCCUAACGACAGACCCAUCAUGCUGGCCAUUCACAGAAAAAUCAUCCAAUACGCAGGGCAGCCGUUCGACCACUCAUCAAUCCGAUUCUGCACACGCAACGGAGAGUACGUCAUCCUGGACACCAGCUGGUCCAGCUUUGUCAACCCCUGGAGCCGCAAGGUUUCCUUUGUGAUUGGCAGACACAAAGUGCGGAUGGGCCCCGUGAAUGAAGACGUAUUCAUGGCCCCUCUCUCCGCUGGAGCCGACACAAAGAUCAUGGACUCUGACAUCCAGGAAAUCACUGAGCAGAUCCACCGCCUCCUCCUCCAGCCGGUUCAUAACAGUGGUUCUAGUGGCUACAGGAGUCUAAACAGCACCGACCACCUCCUGGGCAUGACCUCGUCUAGCGAAAGCCUUAACAAAGGGAGCAAAUUCCGUCAAGAGGAUGAUGAAGAGGAGGAAGACGUGAGCAGCAAAGCCCGCCCACGAACUUUCCAGGAAAUCUGUAAGGGAAUCCAUCUCCAGAAGCACCAGGAACAGUGCAAGAAAAUUAAUCUUGAUUCUUCUCAAAAGAAACUCACAGUGGUCCGCCCCAAGGACUUGUCCGCCCUCCUGAGCUGGAAGGAAAGUGCCAUGGAGGAGAGCAGGUCUUCUUCCCACGAGGAGAUGCCGCUCAAUGAACAGACUGUCUAUUCCUACCAGCAGAUCAGCUGUCUGGACAGUGUUGUCAGGUACUUGGAGAAUUGCAAUGUCCCCUUCGCUCUGAAGAGGAAAUGCCAAUCCUCCAGUAACACAACGUCAUCUGAGGACAAAGGCAAAAUCAGCACCACAGGGCAACCUUCCCGAGCAGAACCAGCCUUGUUGAAGGAUCAGUCCAGUCUCUCCACUUUGGAAGAUCGCGAUAAAAAGUCCAGUGACGCUGCCAGAGCGGUAGUGGGCACCUCGCUGCCCCUACCUUUACCUAACAAACCAGAAAGUGUGGUGUCCAUCACCAGCCAGUGUAGCUACAGUAGCACCAUAGUGCAUGUUGGGGACAAGAAACCUCAGCAAGAAUCAGAGAUCACAGAGGAUGUGUCAGGGGCGGGCGAGGCGGCAGAAUGCAGCCACAACCCGGCUCAGGCGGUGGCGUCUCGGGACCAAGAAAAGGAGUCGUACAGAAAACUGGGUUUGACCAAGCAGGUUUUGGCAGCCCACACGCAGAAGGAGGAGCAGGCCUUCUUGUUUCACUUCAAGGAACUUCGCAGACUCACUGCCCUCAAAGCAAACUGCUCUCAGUACUUGGAGCGCCAGAGGGAAAAGAAGAGCAACAACGCCGCCCAGUGUGGGAAGCAAAGCAGUCCUGGGGCUGAGCCCAACAUGCUGCGACGCGGUGUGCGCAACAAAAAAAACAAAUCCAAGCGAGCCAAGCAGACAGAAUCCUCUGACAGCACCGCAUCUUAUCAGAGACAACACCAGCUGCGAGGCCCCCCCCUUAACCAGGGCCUUAAUCCCACGUCCUGGUCUGCUUCCGACACGUCCCAGUCCAUGUUCCCCAUAGCCUACCCUGGCUAUCCUCUCCAGGUUGUCCCCAGAGACACUCCUGUGGUGCCCCGUUUGAACGCCCCUCUGCAAGGCUUUGGUAACAAUCAUGGGGAUCCUCCUUGCCCGCCAGUGGUCCCUCAUUCUCCCUACACCACACCGAUGGUUGCCCCCAUCAUGGCUCUGUUGCUGCCUACCUACUGUUACCCACCCUUGAGUACCGGGCCUCCACAUUCAGCGUACCACCCAGAGACUGCCAGUUUCCCCAUCCAAGUCCCACCUUACGCCCAACCCACCAUUCCAGGACCAGCCACCUUAAUGACUCAAGCACCAUUCAACCCCCAGAGCCCCUUUCCUUCUCAAGUAGGCUAUGUGACGCCAUCAUUGUACUUCCCCCCGACGACUUCGGAAACCCUCAAGGCCCCGGAGGGGGUCCAAUCUCGCGCCUCCACGCCACAGUCCGCUUCUCCACCGCUCUUUCAGUCCCGCUGCAGUUCCCCUCUGAACCUCCUGGAAUUGGAGCUAACUGGAGACCGACAGGAUGGCACGACAUUGCCCCCCGGAGGACAAGGCGGGAACGUGGCCGAGCGGGAGAAAGCGACAGUCGGAGGCAAAGCCAAAGAGCUGAAUCAGCCAUCUCUCAGUCUCCUUGGUCCGCCUGGACCAUUGUAUUACGAGGGCACGAUCCAUGUCUGUGAGCGUUUGUCUUGGAAUAAAGGCGUAUUCUCUUCUAGGCUGAGUGCUUGCAGCAGCGAGGGAAGCUCUCGCGGCGACAGCAACAACAGUGACAACAACUCGUCCUCCAGCGACAUGCUAGACAUAAUCCUGCAGGAGGACUCUUGUUCGGGCACCGGCUCGGCCACUUCGGGGUCCAUGCAUUCUCGCUCCAACGGCUGCGGGACUUCAGCCAGCGGAACGUCCAACAGCAGGACGUCCAACAGUGGAGCUUCCGGCAGCGGGAUCUCCGGAAGUGGGACAGGUAGCAACAGCAGCAAAUACUUCGGCAGCGUGGAUUCGUCGCAGAACAGCCAGAAGGUGAAAGGUCACACGAGCAGCAGCGAGAUGGAACAGAGCGAGCGCUUUGUCAACUACGUCCUCCCGGACCCGGUGUGGCUCCUGAUGGCCAAGGCGGACGACAAAGUAAUGAUGACCUAUCAGCUACCCUCACGCGACAUCCAGAAAGUUCUCAAGGAGGACCGCGAGAAGCUGAGGCUGAUGCAGAAGAAUCAGCCAAGGUUCUCGGAGGAACAGAAGAAGGAACUGAUGCAGGUGCACCCCUGGAUGAAGAAGGGAGGGCUGCCCAAGGUCCUCAAUGUCACGGCGUGCUCCUGCUGUGACGGCGCCAUCCACGCACCGCAUACGGACGACCUGCCGGACUUGAACAUGGUUGAAAGCGAGCCCAUGAUGGAGGCGGGCUGCCAAAGGACCACUCGAGAGGAUCCCUCCACUCUGGUUGACACACAUUCAGACUCUACCAAGUAGUAGACAGUGAACCUCCCCCUCUCCCCGCUGUAAAUUUUAAAAUGUGACUGACCAGCCCUUUUUCUGUGGGGGUGGUUUAGGGGGGGAGUUCUUCAUUCCUCUUUGCUUCUUGCUGUUAAAGACUUUGAAAUGUCUCACCAUUUUUGUAGUUUUUUUUUUUAAAAACCCUCCUGUUAUGUUAUGGGUCAAAUUAUUAUUUUUCUUUUAAUGUUAAAAAUAGAGGUCCUAUUUUUGUUUACUUCUUAUUUCCCCAAAUCCUCAAAUUAAGACAUUUUGUACUUUUUUUUUUUUGUCAAAUUCAAGUUGCAAACUUGUAGAAUGAAUACACAUCAUACCUAUUUUAUAUUUGACAAGCUUUGCUUGUUUCAAAUGGGUCAAUUUGAUUUGGGAUGGUUAUCUGUUACUAUAAUAUGUUUGACACAAGAGAUGUUGUAUGCUCUCAAAAAUCCACCCAAAAAGUUCAAAUAACAUUAUGUAGUGAUAACCAACACAUCAUGAUUUUUUUUUUUUUUUGACAGUCUGGAACAGAUUAAUGGCGUUUUUGUUCAUUUCAAUGGAGAACAAUGAUUUGAGAUACAAAUGCUUUGAUUUACCAGCAUCAUCACAGACUGAACUAAAGUCUUAUAUCAAAGCGCCAUUGUAAAUCAUUAUGACCUCAGUUAAAAAAACGUGAAAUGAAUUUACAGUACAUUAUUUCCAAGAGGAAGUUUUUUUUUUUUUUUUUUUUUUUUAAGGCUCCAUUUGACCUGAACGCAACAGGAGGGUUCAAGAGAUGAGCGAUUUUCCCCAACCCCCAAUUCUUUCCUCACAUUACUUAAAAACAGAAGUGUAACUUUUUUAUGUCUGCUUUUGUGAAACACUGAAGAGAAGACAUGGAAAGGGAGCGUGAGGAUGUUUAAAAAAAACAAAACAAAACCAAAAAAAACUGCCACAGAAAAUGACCACAUUGUGGCUGCUGACUGAAAAAUCACACUUUAGUGAUUUGCUGUUAUGACACUUUGCUGGGCGUGUGUGUGUAAAAGUCAUCGGAAUGCACUUGUGCACUUUUGUGAGCUAUGUAAGAGGAGAAAUUGUGAGGAUGUCUUCUUUUUGUGCCCUCUAAUUCUUUUCAAGUUUUGCACUGUGAUUGUAAAUAAUGUGAAUUCAAAAGAAUGAACUGCUGAAGUCAUUGUCUA